CUUAAAGGGCGAUCGGAGCGCGGGCCGUGCCGGCCGGGUGGGGCCCAUGGCCAGCACCAGCAGCCACCUGUAUGAUGCUGUUCCAAUCCAGUCUAGCGUCGUGUUAUGCUCCUGUUCAUCCCCAUCAAUGGUGAGGAACCAAGCAGAUUCCAGCACUCCAUCUGUCAUUUCCACCUGUGGCAGCAGACAGGGAUCUAACAUGGAGGGCACUGCAGCUGAAUCAAGAGCUAGUUCAAACUCCUUGCAGCAACAUACAGGACAGCAGCCUCCACAGCCUCGAAAGAAACGACCUGAUGACUUCAAAUUUGGAAAAAUUCUGGGUGAAGGAUCUUUUUCAACGGUUGUCUUGGCUCGAGAAUUGGCAAGUUCUAGAGAAUAUGCCAUUAAAAUUCUAGAAAAACGUCAUAUCAUAAAAGAAAACAAGGUGCCAUAUGUGACACGAGAGAGAGAUGUAAUGUCCCGCCUGGAUCACCCUUUUUUUGUGAAACUCUACUUCACCUUUCAGGAUGAUGAAAAGCUAUAUUUUGGGCUUAGCUAUGCCAAAAAUGGAGAGCUGCUAAAGUAUAUACGCAAAAUUGGCUCAUUUGAUGAGACCUGUACCAGGUUUUAUACUGCUGAAAUUGUAUCAGCCCUGGAGUAUUUGCAUGGGAAAGGAAUAAUUCACAGGGACCUUAAGCCAGAGAACAUCUUGCUAAAUGAAGAUAUGCACAUUCAAAUAACAGACUUUGGAACAGCAAAAGUAUUAUCUGCAGAUAGCAGACAAGCACGAGCAAACUCAUUUGUAGGGACAGCACAGUAUGUUUCUCCAGAACUGCUGACAGAGAAAUCUGCCUGUAAAAGCUCUGACCUCUGGGCUCUGGGAUGUAUAAUAUAUCAGCUUGUAGCUGGAUUGCCUCCAUUUAGAGCUGGAAAUGAAUAUCUUAUAUUCCAGAAGAUAAUAAAGUUGGAAUAUGACUUUCCAGAAAAAUUUUUUCCCAAGGCAAAAGACCUUGUUGAAAAGCUAUUGGUUCUAGAUGCUACCAACAGAUUAGGUUGUGAAGAAAUGGGAGGAUAUGCACCUCUUAAGGCCCACCCCUUCUUCGAAUCCAUUGUGUGGGAGAACCUACAUCUUCAGACACCCCCAAAACUUACAGCAUAUUUACCUGCUAUGUCAGAGGAUGAUGAAGACUGUUAUGGAAAUUAUGACAAUCUCCUGAGUCAGUUUGGUUGCAUGCAAGUUUCUGGUUCUGCCUCUUCCCAUUCACUGUCUGCCCCAGAGACAAGUACACCACAGACAUCAGGAGGAAAUAUUGAACAGUAUAUUCAUGAUCUUGACAACAAUUCCUUUGAGCUAGACUUACAGUUUUCUGAAGAUGAAAAGAGGUUACUUCUGGCAAAACAAGCUGGUGGAAAUCCUUGGCAUCAGUUUGUAGAAAAUAACUUAAUCCUAAAAAUGGGUCCAGUGGACAAAAGAAAGGGAUUGUUUGCACGUCGGCGCCAAUUGCUGCUCACAGAAGGGCCCCACCUGUAUUAUGUGGAUCCUGUCAACAAAGUUCUAAAAGGAGAAAUUCCAUGGUCUUUAGAGUUGCGGCCAGAAGCCAAGAAUUUUAAGACUUUUUUUGUUCACACACCAAACAGGACAUAUUACCUGAUGGACCCGAGUGGGAAUGCUCAUAAAUGGUGCAAAAAGAUACAUGAAGUUUGGCGGCACAGAUACCACCAGAAUGCUGCUAAAUAGUAAAGCUCAUCCAAAAUUUCCCAGUUUCCCUACUUGCUGCUAGAACUCCGUGUGCAGCCGAUCAGAGGAAUCUUUUUCAACCCACCUAUUACCAUCUCAAGGGGAAGCAUAUGUAUGAAAUGUUCUGGUUUUUUUUUUUAAAGAAAGAAAAAAAGAAAAGCAAAAACCUAAUGGAAUUCAGGGUCGCUUUGCUCGCUCUUUGUGCUUCUGUUGAGGCUUCCACUUGCAUAUCAUUGCAGUGAAGAUCUUGCUUUUGUGCACUUCAGCUCAAUUUCUGCUGCAGACUAGUGGAUAGACCUUGCAUUACCAGCUUCACUUAAGAUGAGUUAAAACCAAUCCACACGCACACAUGCCAAAUCAUGUACCAGCCUUGCAUUUUAUGGGGCUGGAGUUUUCUGUGACUUUCAGAUUAUCAUUAAACUGUAUUUCAUCAGGGAGCUUUUAUAUGCCUCUCCUAAGCACCACCUCUUUGUUUUCUCUUCCUUUCCUCACAGUCCCCCAGCUUUUUGGUAUAUGGCAUUUGUAGCCAGGUGAG